GUUGAAACAAAGCCAAACAAUUUCUCCAAAUUUCCCGCUCCUUUCCCCUCACAGCAACGCAACAAUCACAACAACUUCAAAAUCAUGCUCCCAACCUCUCCCACCUAACCCCUCUUCCUCCCAACCACAAACCCAGCUUCGCGUUCACCUCACUCCAAACACCCAACCAAUCUUCUCGUCAGAACCAUGACCACCCCACAAUCCCAAAUCUCAGCCCACCUCCACACCACCAAAGCCCUCCCCGUCUCCCCAACCUGGCUCAACAGCUUCGUCUCCUCCAUGACAGCAGCCCUGCAACGCAACGUUCCCAUCUCCGCCCUGACACAAACCGCGCUCUUCCGCAUCCUGGCCUCGGACUUCCGCGACUCCCUCCAAACCGAUCACCCCUCCGCCCUGCUGCCGGGCGACAUCUUCGAUCUCUCCGUGCAGGAACGACGGCUCCCGGGCCCCGUCCCCGUCCAGGUGUUGGAUAUCGAGGACAUCGGCACGAGUCUGUGGAGUCAGGUCGAGGCGAUCGAGCGCGUCGAGCGUGGGGAGGCGAUCCGCGGACGGGAGAUUGUGAGGGCCGUUAAUGUUGGUGGUGGUGGCGGCGAGGAGGGUGAUGAUGAGGAAGGGGCCGGCAGCGGAAAUACUGCUGGUGCUACUGCGUCGUCCGAGAAGAAAAGUCAUGGACCGCAUCGAUUGAUCGUACAGGACGCGGCGGGGACGAGAGCGGUGGCGAUUGAAUUGAAGCGCGUUCAGGGCAUAUCUGUGGCUAAGCUGGCGAUUGGGGCGAAGAUGGUCAUACGGAAUGCGACGGUGGCGCGCGGGAUGAUAUUGCUCACGCCGGACUGCAUUACGCUCCUGGGAGGGAAGAUCGAGAGUAUGGAUCAGGCGUGGAAAGAGGGGAGAAAGGCUAGGUUGUUGGCGAGGAUUACGGAGAUGCAAGGUGAGGAUCAGUCGUCAGGUUGAUACUGCUGACGGAGAGGAAUAUUUGCAUUUGUGGUAUGCCCCCCCUUCUCUUUUCGUGACUCGUUU